AUGCCUCCUGAUAAUCAUGGGAAACAACAGAUGAUUCAGAAGUGUCAGGAGUAUUAUCGUGGGAACAAAAAACAAGUGAAAACCAUCCAAGAAUUCAGUGACACUUACCGAAGAGCUGAUGCUAUUCGAUGGUAUACACGACAGUCAUUCGUUUAUAAGCUCAUCAACAAAGCUCUACGUACAGAAGACAUCGAACAACUGCACAUAUUUCGCUUUUUCAUUGCCGAUCUGUGCUCAAGUCUUGCACAAGAGUAUAAGAAGAUGAGAGAGCGCGAGAAGGGUGUGCUUCGAGUCUAUCGUGGUGUGAAACUGUCGAAUGAAGAAGUUGAAAAGCUGAAAGAGAAUGAAGGUAAACUCAUUUCGAUGAAUGGUUUUCUGUCAACAAGUCGUUUGUCUUCAGUGGCGCAGAAUUUCGCAUCUAAGUCGACGAAGCGUCGAGACGCUGUUGUUGUUCUCUUUGAGAUUGAGUAUGAUUUCAAUGAGUUAAAUGAUCAUGAUAUUGUGUGUGCUGACGUCGCUAAGUUUAGCGAUUAUCCAGAAGAGCAAGAAGUCCUGUUUGAUCUAGGUGCAACUUUCAAAAUUCAGUCAGUUAAUCGUGAAAAGCCGGAUCUUAGUCGUGUAAACCUAAGACUAACAAGCAAAGGAGCAGAUAUAGCACGAGAAUAUAUAAAGUUGAAUAGAAAAGAGCUCGAGCAAAGAAGCGUUGCGAUCAUGUUUGGUUCACUUCUUUGUGAUAUGGAACAGUAUGACAAAUCAAUGAAGUACUUUGAGAAUCUAUUUCAAAAUCCUCAAGGUGAAAAUAUAAGUGACAUUGAGUUUAACCUUGGUCGUGCUCACGACUUCAGAGGCGAGUACGCCCAAGCACUGCAGUUGUAUGAGCAUAGCUAUGCAACAAUGAUGAUGAGCAAGCCAGUGCCUGAGAAAGCAUCAGCUAGAGUACUCAAUAAUAUUGGCGGUGUUUAUAACAGCAAAGGCGAGUAUGAUCGUGCUUUGGACUAUUAUUCAAAAUCUCUCAAGAUGAGAGAAAAAUGUUUGCCAUCUGAUCAUCCAGAUAUUGCUCUUAGUCUGAAUAAUAUUGGCAUUGUUUAUGACAAGAGAGGCGAUUUUAAGCGUGCUGUAGGGUGUUUUGAAAGAUGCUUGAAGAUUUGUAAAAAGUUGCUUGCAUCAGGACAUCCGGACCGUGUCGGGGUUGAGAAGAAGUUGUCCGAAAUAAAGAAGUUUGUGUAA